AUGGCUCGCAAUACCAUGAAAAUGAUUCUUAAUGACUCUAAUGGUGAUGACGAAUUGCAGCUAAUAACGAUAGCUGCAAUGGAAGAAGAGCAACUCAAUAGAGAAAGAUGUUCAAGAAGACAUAGUGGUUCCAUUGAAGGCCAUGCAGUUAUUUAUCGUGAUCAAGUUCAAGGCCAUGAGAGACUUUAUCGAGACUACUUCUCAGAAACAGCUAUAUAUCCUGUUCAUUUAUUCAGGAGGAGAUUCCAGAUGAAUCGAUCUCUCUUUCUUCAUAUUCUAUCUGCGGUGGAAGCAUACGAUCCAUAUUUUGUCCAAAAAACAGAUGCUGUUGGAAUCAUUGGUUUGUCUUCUCUUCAAAAAAUGACAGCUGCUAUGAGGAUGCUCGCUUAUGGAGUAGCAGCAGAUUCGGUGGAUGAUUAUGUGAGAACUAGUGAAAGCAUUGCUAUAGAGAGUCUAAAACACUUUGUUAAGGCGGUGGUUGCAAUGUUUACUGAGAGGUACUUGAGGAGCCCUAACAACGAUGAUAUUUCAAGAUUAUUAGCGAUGGGAAGCAAUCGCGUGUUUCCUGGAAUAUUAGGGAGCAUUGAUUAUAUGCAUUGGAAAUGA